AUGGCAGAGCAGUCUGUUCCACCACCCGCGGAUCCACGCCUGAGAAGACGUGGCUCUGUUUCGGGAAGUGUGCCAGAGUCUCCUUUUCAACCUCAGCCUGCUGAAUCCACAGACAAGGAAAGAAUGAGCAGAUCGAAUGUCGAGGAUGGGCAGCUCAUGUGGGUUGGAGACGAUUUCGGAGGCACCGACCUCAUGGAUACCUCUCUGGAUAUUCCGGCUGGCACAGAUCCUACAAUGAUGCUGUCUCCAAUAGAAUCCGCAAAGAAAGAAAUGUUAGAUAUCUUCCGGUCCACUUACAAAAUCACGCUGGAAAGGCUUUCGACGGUUUCGGAAGGCACUGGAACAGGGGUGUACUCACCUGCGCACAACUUUUAUCUACAUCUAUGUGCGGAAGCAGAUGACGAGACUAAACAGGAUCGUGAAUGGCUUCAGACCUGGCUCGAGACAUUUCCACAAAUCAAGAUAUUCUCUGACUGGGGCGAAUUCCUGAAAACCUCCCGUGGUGUUAUCAUGUUUCAUGAGUCAUUUACGCUUUACGGGAAGCUGUGGCCUAGAAUUCGGGAACCUCUCUGGUCAAGCCGGUAUAACUUCUGGAAUUAUCGCCUGUCCAAGCCCCUUCAGACAGCCGACCCGUUUUUUUGCGGCGAAGGCGCCCAUUUUGAGCCCAUAUUCACCGUUGGCCACUCGUUCUUGUUCACAGAGGACGUCUUCGGCGAUCUUAAGCGAGCUCUAUCGCUCAUCAAGUGGUUUUAUAACAUGAUUUCAACUUCACCCAGAGUGUUAAAUUACAAGCUGAUGCUGCCUCCUGGUAUCAUGCAAUACCUGGACUCGCGGCUCGACCAACCCGAUCUUAGUGAGGAGGAUACAAAGAUCUUAAUGUUCAUUAAGGCCUGGAUCCACAAGUCAAAUACACUCGAUCCUGAUUGUAAGGUCUUCCAAACACAAAGCCUGGAUCCCUUGCAAACACACUUGCGCAACAAUAACAUCGUUUCCUUCGCCCCCGAAAUCAUUCCAAACUGGGGCCAUCGUGAUGAAGAAGAUAAUCCAGAGAUCCCCAGGGACCUUUCGCAAGAUGAACGUAACAUGGACCACCUUGUCGAGUUGUUCACAGCAUGGGCUCUUAUGAGAAAAGCACAUAAUCGAAAAACCGUCGUUAUCACGGAUUCAAAACGUCAGAUUUUGCAUCGACGGUGGGAAAACUGGGGCCAUAUUACCCUUUUCUCCCCAAACAACUUCAUGAAGACCUUCCGCAUUGAUGAAGAGGCUUUCCUGGCGAAAGCCCUUGGUGAGAAGAGGAGAGACUACGAUGGCCGGUUGAUGCCUGGCACCACGCCCAAAACUCCCAUCGAUCCGCGCACUCCUCGACCGCCCUGGCAGAAUCGAACCGGCGACGGGGCUUCCUCGCCGAAAGAGAGGAGACCAGACAAUUACCCUGCCUCUCUGGAAAGUCGAACCGGUGACGGAACUUCCGCGUUGAAAGAGAAGAGACAACGCUACCCAGCCCCUUAUAGAUGA